CUCCCAGAGCGGCAGCCUUUUCCCGCGCGUGGUGCCUUCGGCGCUCGGGCCGCCCGGGGGAAAACAUGGCGUCUGCCCUGGAGCAGUUCGUGAACAGUGUCCGGCAGCUCUCGGCUCAAGGGCAAAUGACACAGCUUUGUGAACUGAUCAACAAGAGUGGGGAACUCCUUGCGAAGAACUUAUCCCAUCUGGACACUGUGCUCGGGGCUCUGGAUGUACAAGAACACUCCUUGGGCGUCCUUGCUGUUUUGUUUGUGAAGUUUUCUAUGCCCAGUGUUCCUGACUUUGAAACGCUAUUCUCACAGGUUCAACUCUUCAUCAGUACUUGUAAUGGGGAGCACAUUCGAUAUGCAACAGACACUUGUAAGCUAAAUAACAUUUUAUUCUCCAUUGAAAAUAUUUUGCCCUUGUGGUUAUAUUUAUAUUUUCAAUAUUUUGUUAUUGUAUCUAGUUGCUGGGCUUUGCCAUCAGCUAACAAAUGCACUUGUGGAAAGAAAACAGUGACAACAUAAGAUCCAAUGUGCUGCCAUCUUUGAGAACUUAUCUGAAAGAGAUGUCAUUUCUGACAGCCCCUGCGAGGAAUUGGCAUCCUUAAGCAAGCCAUAGACAAGAUGCAGAUGAAUACAAACCAGCUGACCUCAAUACAUGCUGAUCUCUGCCAGCUUUGUUUGCUAGCAAAAUGCUUUAAGCCUGCCCUUCCAUAUCUUGAUGUGGAUAUGAUGGAUAUCUGUAAAGAGAAUGGAGCCUAUGAUGCAAAGCACUUUUUAUGUUACUAUUAUUAUGGAGGAAUGAUCUAUACUGGGCUGAAGAACUUUGAAAGAGCUCUCUACUUUUAUGAACAGGCUAUAACUACUCCUGCCAUGGCGGUCAGUCAUAUCAUGUUAGAAUCAUAUAAAAAGUAUAUUUUAGUGUCUUUGAUAUUACUUGGCAAAGUACAACAGCUACCAAAAUACACAUCUCAAAUUGUGGGUAGAUUCAUUAAGCCUCUUAGCAAUGCAUACCACGAGUUAGCACAAGUGUAUUCAACCAACAACCCCUCAGAACUCCGAAACCUGGUGAAUAAGCACAGUGAAACUUUCACUCGUGAUAACAACAUGGGACUGGUGAAGCAAUGCUUGUCAUCUCUUUAUAAGAAGAAUAUUCAGAGGCUAACAAAGACCUUUUUAACUCUGUCAUUACAAGAUAUGGCAAGUCGCGUGCAGUUAUCUGGACCUCAGGAGGCAGAAAAAUAUGUUCUGCACAUGAUAGAAGAUGGUGAGAUUUUUGCAAGUAUUAACCAGAAGGAUGGUAUGGUCAGUUUCCAUGAUAACCCUGAAAAAUAUAAUAACCCAGCCAUGCUUCAUAAUAUUGAUCAGGAGAUGCUGAAGUGCAUAGAGCUGGAUGAGCGGCUGAAAGCCAUGGACCAGGAGAUCACAGUGAACCCUCAGUUUGUACAAAAGAGUAUGGGCUCACAAGAAGAUGAUUCAGGAAACAAACCAUCCAGUUAUUCUUGAAACUAACAUCCAUCCUGAGCUAAACAAGAGAAACUACCAUCUUGGCCAGUGGCAAGUGUUCGGAGGGCAGCAGAGAGGACCAAGCCUGUGUCACCUGGAGACUAAGAAAUUAAGUUUUGUUUUGACAUCUUCAGUCCUAUGUGCUUUCAGAAAACCAUUCUCUCUGCAAAGAAAGGAAACAGAUUUGCAAACUUUAAAGUCUGUCGUGGAUUUAUUUAUCCUCAGAUUAUUGUUAUUGCAUUAAAUCUACCUUUUUGUUUUAAGUUGCUUGAA